GAGGAGUAUCUGAGCUGCUCACUCAGUGAGAUCAAGGAAAGAUGCCAGAAUUGUUAGAGAAACAUGAAGGGAACUUUGAAGGUGAUGAAUGCAGCAAAUGAACGCACCAAGGGGAAGGAAUCGUUGGUGUUAUUGGCAUUCUUCUGUUCCUCGUUGCCUUUGGAACCGAGUACUGGCUGCUAGCAACAGAGGCCUGUGGAGAGUUUGCAUCUAAAAAUGGAACUCUGGACAUUGAGAUGGAAGGUGUUUCCAGAGACUCCUCAAGAGGUGUCCUCACAUUCCACCAUGAAGGCUUCUUCUGGAGGUGCUGGUUCUCAGGAGAGGGCACCCACGGGAACGUCUGGAAAUUCUGGUUCACUAACCAACCUCGUACCAAGCACUGCCGCCCCGGUUAUCUCUUUCCUAUGCCCAUUGCUCUGGGACCUUUACCACAUCCUUCUUAUGAUGCGACUGCAGUGUACCGAGGAUUCUGGACGGUUUUCAUCGUGCUAGGUGUUACUGCCAGCCUGGUGGGGGUAUUCCUGCUGGUGUGUGGGGCGCCCUUUGUCAAUGCUCGACUUUAUAAAUUUGGCGGGAUCUUUCUUCUCACCUCAGGGGGCUUCUUCCUCCUCCUCCUCAUCCUGUUUGUGCUGUGGAAGGAGUGUGCAGCCGAUUUUCAGAAAUAUAUACUUCUGGAAAGGAGUGACAAGUGUGUCCCAGAGAAUGCCCCCGUGAAUGUGCAUUAUGGCUGGUCUUUUAUAUUUGCUGCUGCCGGCACACCCUUGGUUUACCUUUCAGGACUUCUGUUUUAUUUGAUUGGCCAGAGGAACAUGAAAGUCCCAAAGUGAAAGAAGGGAGAGAGGGAUAUACCCCCACUCUUCCAACACCCUCCCCCACAAUACUUACUCGCAUACAUCUAUACACUUACACACACCUACACACUCACACACUUACACAUUUACACGGUAACACACACACAUCCCACUGAGAAACUCCUUGAGCAUGUUUCCCAUACUGACUAGAAGGAAGGCCUUCCACCAUCUCAGGGUUUCACUUUGGCAUACUCUUCAAGCCUUUACCCACCAUAGCAGAUGUUGAUCAAGAAACAGUGACAAAUGGUACUUAGGGAGAAAUGUUGGAAAGAGAAAGGGAGCACUAGACUGAAUUGUAUGAAAGGGCCCAAGAGUAGGUUUUCAUUGGCCUCAGUUUUUGAGACCAAAGAGGCUGGCUCUGGCUUCCCUAAUGUUUUUAUAAAUCGCCCUCACUCGGCAGCCUCAUUUGUAUUGGAGCUGUUAGUUCAUUUCCAAUCUCUCCCAAAUCCAACUGUGAUUUACAGUAAGAUGUUUCUUUUUGAAUAGAAAUUGAGUGUGACUUUUUUUUUUUACGGGGGUUGAGCAGAGGGGUGGGUGGGAAGAAGAAAUUAGUCAUAACUGACAUCCUAGGCCAGCCAUGACUAUUUCUCAGACAAUUUAAACCUGAGGAAGUUGAAAAAGUUAUGCCAGGAGACAGAGAGAAAAAGAGAUUUUUCUUUUCCUUUUCGUUUUUCUUCUUCAGAUAGAAUUUGGAAAGUGAACCCAGUGUGAAUGCAUGCACAUUUUAAUGGGCUGGAGAAGAGAUAGCUUAUAUCCAGAGGCAAUCUAGCUCCCAUUUCCAUGCAGCUGACUGUACAUCCUUCCAAGCAAAGAGGGCUGUAUUUCACUGAGAGAAUUAGUAAAAAAUAUUCAGAACAUAAAAGCCUACACUUGGGUAAGUGAAAUAAAGAGCCAACUUUUCAGCCGUAGUACAGGCCCUUCUGCAGAGGCAAAUGGACUACAUUGAAACACCACUGCCUUUGAUUUUGCCCUGGAAACAUAUUUGUAUUUUGUGAAGCAAAUACAGCUCCUGGUUUAAGAUUAAAGUGGGGAGGUAGAAGGAAGUCAGUGUCUGGAGGCAGGAAACAUAAAUAGCACAUUCAUUUAUUAGAAUCCUCUUUAAGCCUUCACUGUUAGCCAUAAUAAUUUGGCUGCUUGGGGUUUAAUGGUUCCCAUCAUUUUUGGUCCUUAGAACCAAUCCCUCUUGCCUUCUUCCGGUAGGAGACCAUGCUGGCUUACCAGAAUUCAGAGAAAGCCUAAGGCUACUUUGGAGCAACCAGGGAGGGAUAUGCUAAGUUAGUGGUUCAAUUAUGUGGGAAUCAGAAACAGAGAAUAAGCUGUCAUCUUGUAAAAACAGUCACGUGGCAGGAGGUCUGACCAGAGACUCUCAAGGACCCCUCCGAUUCAUAGCUUGUCCGUGAACCACCCGCUGCACACAGAACCAUUACAUCGCGUGAGCACCAUUCGGAGCCAUUGGUAAGGUAAAAACGUGCUUGCAUUUCCAUGAGUGGGAUUCAAUUCCUUGGCUUGCAUUUCAGAGGAGGGACUUACCCUCAGUAUUUUCAAAUACCAACACUUGUCCUCAAGGCACAGAAGCCUCUAUAAGCUAAGAGUUAUUACAUAGCAGAUCCAUGAGCCAGUGAACAUGUUAAUUAUUCUUUCCUGUCUCCGCCAUUGUCUCCUGUGAAAUCAUUAGCUGUGAUGUAUAUGAUUUUGGAAAAAAUGGUCCUAAAUAUUGUAGAUUUAACUUGAGUGAUCUCACCAACUAUUGUUGGUGUCAGUUUAUUUGUUCACUUAAAAACCUGUGUUAAUAAAAUACAUUCUGAUGUC